AUGGCACAGGAUGAUGACCCGACGCGCGACUCUGCGCCCGACCUCCAGAUUCUAGGCGAUCAAAUCACGUUGCAACCCCGAAGCUAUGUUGAACCACAGCAACAAGAUGGGGAGAAGGAGGAGGCCCUGAUGCAACAUAUGGCUAGAUUUCGCUCCGAGCCCUUACAAUUCCUUCGCGAAGUCUCCCUAUACGUCUCUGGCCAAGGAUGGCGCGCAUAUGAUAGAGUGGUCGGGCAACCGAUAUUUUACUCUGGCUUCUCGGAACAAAUGAAGAAUGCAGUAGUUUCAGCACCACUCCUGCAGUCUCGCAUAGCACAGUUGGCCGAGAUGCGGUUGCAGGUCGAAGAGAAGGAGGGAUGGCUAAGGCAGGACGAUCCCAACUAUGCCAUCAAGAAGGCGCAAAGGCGAUCUGCCAUCGAGCAUGGCCUCCAAGAAGUCACGGAGAAGAUGACCAACGACAUGAUAUGCAAAUUCGAGAGCAAAACCUUCAUUAGGGGCGCCUAUUACUUAUGCACACAAUUGCUGACGCGGGCAUAUCACCAAGGGAUCCACGUCAACAGCGAGGAAGUACUUCGCCUGAGGAAAGUGGCUGAGAUAGCCGCAUCCAAGAAGCAGAGCAUCAUUUUCCUGCCAAGCCACAGAUCACACGUCGAUUAUGUCUCCAUGCAGCUGAUUUGCUACCGUCUGGGCCUCGCUCUGCCAGUUGUCGUAGCUGGGGACAAUCUGAACUUUCCUGUCGUCGGCAGCUUCUUACAACACGCCGGAGCCAUGUGGAUCAGGCGGGCAUUUGGCAACGAUGUCUUGUAUCAGACCGCAGUGCAGGCGUAUAUCGAUACCCUGUUACAAGGCGGAUACAAUUUCGAAUGUUUUAUCGAGGGUGGACGAUCUAGGACCGGAAAACUCCUGUCGCCCAAGUUUGGCAUCCUCAGUUUCGUUUUGGAUAGCAUCCUGUCCGGGAGAGUUGAGGAUGCGGUGAUUUGCCCCGUCAGCACGCAGUACGACAAAGUUAUCGAGACCGAGGGCUAUGUUACUGAGCUCCUGGGUGUACCGAAGAAGAAAGAAAAUCUGGCAGAUUUCUUGACAGACGGCUCCUCGGUGCUAUCGCUGCGGCUUGGCAGAGUAGAUGUUCGUUUUCACGAACCCUGGAGCCUGAGGGGAUACAUUGAUGAUCAACUUUCGAAGAUUUCCAACGUGCCCGCCAAUUUGACAGCGAAAACGCCAGAAUCUGCAGCGGUACGACAGAAACUUCUGCGCACAAUGGGAUACAAGGUUCUCUCAGACAUCAACGAUGUAUCAGUCGUGAUGCCAACAGCUCUGAUUGGAACAGUGCUACUUACACUGCGUGGCCGUGGUGUAGGCAAAGCUGAGCUACUACGUCGUGUCGAAUGGCUCAUUGACCGUGUGAGAGCAAAGGGCGGCCGCGUUGCACACUUUGGCAAUGCUCCGCUUGCCGACGUGAUCGAGCGAGGGCUUGAGGUACUUGGCAAAGACUUGGUAGGCGUUCUUAAUGGUCUGGUAGAGCCGACGUAUUACGCCGUCGACCGGUUCCAGCUAUCAUUUUACCGAAACAUGACGAUCCAUCUCUUCAUCUCCGAAGCUCUCGUGAGCGCUAGUAUGUACACCCGGGUCAAGCAGGGAGGUGGACCAGCACACCAGGAAAUCCCGUAUCAAGAACUACGCGACCAAGUCCUGUUUCUGUCAUCACUAUUCAGAGGUGAAUUCAUCUUCCCGAGCGAAGGAUUGGUGGCCAAUUUGGAGAGAACCUUGGUUGGCCUUGAGAAUGACAGAGUCAUCAACCUUCAUCGGGGAGAGGAUAACAAGAUCCUCAGCGUGGGCAUAGCAGACGAGGAGCGCGUGGCUGGAAGAGAAAACUACGAUUUCUAUUGCUUCUUGAUUUGGCCAUUCAUCGAGGCGAGCUGGUUAGCUGCCGUCUCUUUGAUCAGUUUAACGCCUCCCCCAGGCACCAAUGAAGAUGAUGUCUGGAUUGGUGUCGCCAAGGCUCAGAACAGCGCUCAAUUGCUUGGCAAGACACUGUACCACCAAGGUGACCUGUCAUAUUUCGAAGCUGUAAACAAAGAGACGAUCAAGAACACGUAUCAGCGCUUCGAGGAGGAAGGCAUCAUGUAUGCCGUGAAAUCCAAAGACACCAAAAUUCCACCUCGUCUGCGUCUGGCGUCGGACUGGAUGCCACGGCGCGACGCCGAGUCAGGGGAAAUUCUUGCCGAGGGUCGGCUAUGGGACUUUGUAGGUCGCAUCGCUAGUUCCAGGAGAGAGGGCAAGAACCGCAGGGACGGCGCGACUGUCAGCACUAGGGUUAUUAGACUUGCGGAUAUGUUGGGUAGAAAAUUGUUUGCAGAGGCGGCAGACCCUGCAGCCAAGACAGGGACCAGGUUGAGUGCGCAAGAGGCUCUUCAGGUCCAGAAAGAGGUCAAGGCAGAGAGGCGGAGAAGAAAGCUGGAGGGUAGGGCACAUCUUUAG